GACGUUGUGUGAUAACCUGCGUCGCGAGAGGGACCGAGCCGUGAGCGAUCUCGCCGACGCUCUGAGAAACAUGGACGACCUGCGCAAACAGAAGAAUGAUGCGGUGCGAGAACUGAAGGAGCUCAAGGAAUGCAUGGAGGAGCAGCUGGAGAAGGAGGCACGUUUCCGCCAGCUGAUGGCCCACAAUUCCCAUGACUCGGCCAUCGAUACGGACUCUCUGGAGUGGGAGACGGAGACGGUGGAGUUUGAGAGGAGUAUGGACGACAUGGAUUUGAGCGCUCUGGGUUUUGAUAUCGCCGAGGGAGUGAGCGACCCGUAUCUACACGGGGAUUAUGGGAUAUUCGUGAGCAAGGUGGACAAAGGAAGUGUUGCGGAGGGCAGGUUAAGAGUGAAUGAUUGGUUGUUGAAGAUAAAUGACGUGGAUCUGGCCAAUAAGGACAGGAAGCAGGUCAUAAAGGUGGUGUUCAGCGGGGGCGGAGUCAUCAAUAUGGUGGUGCGCAGGAGGAAGUCUCUGGGAGGACGGAUGGUCACUUCUGUUCAUCUGACGCUGACGGGACAUAAAGAUUGCGGCAUUGGGUUGGAGAGUGGCGUGUUUGUGUCGUCUGUUUCUCCAGGCAGUCCAGCGGCCAGAGAUGGAUCGGUGUGUCCCGGCGAUCGGCUUCUCAAUAUAAACGGGAUUUCGCUGGAUAACAAAUCCGUGAGCGAAUGUGAGAAUCUCCUGCGGAGCUGCAGAGACUCGGUUUCUCUUUCCCUCCUGAAGUUUUUCCCACAGAGUCUGUCGGGUCAGAGCAUCGCUGAGAGCCAGCGCGACUGUGAACGAAGCUCUAAUGGGAAGUCAGCGGAUCAGCUGCGGCCCUGCAGGAAGCAGCCCACCCAUAAAGACAUGUACAGCCCCACGCGUGACGUGGAGAGCGAGCGCGGUCAGCGCGGGACGCUGUAUCGCUCAGAGCCGUAUCAUGAGAUCUGCUGCCCGCAUCCCACCUCCAAACGACCCCUCACCUUUCACCCCGUUUCCCCCGGCGACUGCAUCACCGUGGAGAUGAGUCAGGAGAGACGGUGCAUCCCGCAGAAGCAAAGCAGCGGCACGUGGCCCAAAAUGGUAGCAGUUGCAAUGACACCAGCCGACAGCAUCCCAGUUGCAAUGACACCAGCCGACAGCAUCCCACCGCUCUCUAUUUUUAAGACCCCAAAGAAGCGGAAGUCGAUAUUCGACGCAGACAUGUUCAAGCGGCCGGAGACGUCCUCCAAGCUGGACUACCUCAGUCUGUCCCAGAUGCCCAAACAUUCCCCGCAGAGCUCCUGGACGGAGGCGGCGCUGCAGAUCCCGCCGGACCCGCCCAAACGUAGCGACUCCUUCAAGUUCAAACACAAGCCGCAGGGAAGCUCCGCCUCCGAUUCCACCAUCACCACCGGAUCGCCCCCGGCAACGCCCAUUCAGACCACGCCCACAGACAAACCCAGUCCUGAUUUUGAAAGCCGAGACCGCAACGGGAACGUGCUUCAGAGACAGGGCUCUGGCGGCGCCGGAGGGUCGUUUGCGGAGGAAGUGUCCGGACAGGGUUCAGAUGAACUGGAGGUGAGGAGAGGAAGACCAAACUCUGCACCCGCACAGCGCCGCAACCUCACGCCGCUUAAGAUGCCGUUUCCACAGAGCUUCUCUCAUGAUGAACAGUCUCCUGAACCUGUGGAUCUGGUUCGGUUUUCUCCUUUCCGUUCAAACCGUCACAGCUUCUCGCCUGUACAAGCACACACCACUCCCAGAACGCUGUCUCCCUACCCUGCUGUGACCGCAGUGAUGAGGAACCCAGUGUACACGGCCUGGAGUCACUGCGUCAAAACCACCAACUCUGCUUCAGUUCCAGCACACACAUACACUCAAGUCAGUCCGCAGCACCAGGGCCGAUGGAGUGUGGAUCUCAACCACAAGCGCUCCGCUGAGCUCUUCGACGGCUCCCGCGGUUCGGUUCAGCACAACACCAACUCCCUGCCCUCCAGCGCCAGACAGGGUUUGUCUCAGUACCGCGAGCAGCGCAUUAAGAUUCCCUCCACCCCUCGUUACGCGCGAUCCGCUCACGGCUCUGAUAGAGGAUCUCUGUCUCAUUCGGACUGCAGCAGCCCCAGUCUGGUAACUCCGCCCCUCUCUCCUCUGGACGCCGCCUCCUUCAGCAGCAGCCAAUCACAGGGCUCCGUCUCCACCCAGACCAGGCUGUCAGUCAGUCCUGUGCCAAUAGACAGGAGGAGGGACAGGCCGUACAUAGAGGAGCCGCGAUGUGUCACUAUUCCCAAAGGGGCGGAGCCUCUGGGCAUCUCUAUAGUGGGUGGGGAGAAUGGCGGCAUCUUUGUUUCCAAGGUAACGGGAGGCAGCAUCGCUCAGAAGCACCACCUGGAGUUUGGAGAUCAGCUUCUGGAGUUUAACGGCAUUAAUCUCAGGAACGCCACUGAGCAGCAGGCCAGACUCAUCAUUGGGCAGCAGUGUGACACCAUCACCAUACUGGCACAGUACAACCCACACAUGUACCAGCUGGGCAAUCACUCCUGCUCGAGCUCCCGGAUGGAGUCGUCUAUAAGCUCUCACUCGACGCCCGACACGCACUCCAACAUCGACACGCUCAGCGAACAGGACGAGGGCACCAUGACCCCGCCCUCCAAACAGGCCACGCCCACAGCCAGCCCUCUCAGGGAUCGGAGCAAGGGCAGGAAGCAGGCGGAGCUGAGGCUGGUGGUGCUGAGGAAGACUCAGGUGGAUCUGGGGCUGAAGAUCUGUGGAGGAAACCUGACAGGGGUUUUCGUGGAGGCUCUGGAAGAGGACAGUCCUGCUCGAGGAGCCGACGGCCUGCAGCCUGGAGACCUGAUCCUGGAGUGUAACUCUGUGAGUUUGAAGAAUAAGACUGCUGAGGAGGUGUAUCUGGAGAUGCUGAAACCCACGGAGAACGUCACCCUCAGAGUCCAGUACCGACCCGAGCACUUCAGAAGGCUCAAAGACGCACUCGGAGAUGGUUUUUACAUCAGGGCGUUGUUUGACCAUGUUGGUGAUUUGGAGCAGGAGUUGAGUUUCAAGAAGGAUGAUAUUCUCUAUGUGGACGACACGCUGCCCGGGGGGAAUCUGGGCUACUGGUUGGCAUGGCAACUGGACGAGAACGCACAGAAGCUGGUGCGCGGACACGUUCCCAGCAAGUGCAUGAUGGAUCAAGAUUCCCAGCGGCGGUACAGCGUCACAGACGGUAAGGACGACAGCGGCUCUGGUAAAACGCUCUCGGCCGCGGCGCGCCGAUCCUUCUUCCGCCGUAAACUCAAACACAAACGCAGCAGCUCCAAAGACGGCCGUGACGCUCCGGCAGCAGACGCCGUCAGCACAGACUCCGUGCCCUACAUGGACGACUGUCUGAGUCCGGCGUAUCAGCGCGUGCUAAAAGUGGAAUCGACCAAUCGCAGGCCCGUGUUGAUACUGGGGCCCCUCAUUGAGCCAAUCAAAGACAUGCUGCUCAGAGAGGCUCCUGGGAAAUACUGCCGCUGUUUACCUGAGGGGAUGAAGGCGACCCAGCAGGCCAUCGAGCGAGGCGUCAAAGACUGUCUCUUCAUCGAUUACAAGCGCCGGAGUGGCCACUUUGAUGUGACGACGGUGGCGACCAUUAAGGAAAUUACAGAGAAGGACUGUCAUUGUCUGCUGGACAUCGCACCUUACGCCAUCGAGCGCCUGCACGUCGUCAACAUUUACCCCAUCGUCAUAUUCAUACGAUACAGAAACGCCAAGCAGAUCAAGGAGCAGAAAGACCCCGUGUAUCUGCGAGACAAAGUGUCCCAAAAACAUUCCAAAGAGCAGUUUGAGUCUGCGCAGAGGAUCGAACAGGACUACAGCAAAUACUUCACAGGCGUCGUCCAGGCCGGCAGUCUGUCCAACAUAUGCACUCAGAUCAUGUCCAUCGUGGACCAGGAGCAGAACAAAGUGCUUUGGAUUCCUGAUGGAAGCAUGUGAAGAACCACACACAUCCUUCACAGCACACUGCUGAAAAUGAUCUACUUACUUACUAUUUUUGUUGUUUUUCAUUACAAAUAUCUAACGCUACAUUUAAGAAAAGAGACUUAAGGUAAUAAG